AUGCCUAUAUUCAUCGAGAGACGGGGAAGCCCAAGCCAUGGCUUCCGGAAGAGAGUGCUGCUGAGCUCCAAGGGCGUAACACAGGUUCUGUACGAUGACAUGUCUGCCUACGGACCCUACUCUGACCCAGAGGACAUGAGUGAUCUGGACGAUGUUGUCAAUCUCAGCGACUAUCACCCGGACCCGAUCAGGGCGUCCCAGUCCUCUAGAGUCCGCAUUCGCAUCUCAGUCAGUCCCCAGGGAAGGGGAAGCCAGUCUCCCAACAUCCAUCAGCGCAUGGGGCGCAGUGAAAUGGGCUAUGACAUGUAUGAGGACAAUAUUAUGCCUGGUUUACGCAGGAAACGAUCUCCUUCCCCUACGCCAUCCAUGACAUCAACCUCGUCUACUGAAGAGACGAUUCGCCCCACUAGGAAGAAGGUCAACGUUAUGAAGCCGCUGAGGAAGUUCAGAGAGAUCGUUCCGGUCGUCCAUGUCCCUGAAUUCAAGGGGAAAGCCGCUAAGCCAAGGAGCUUCCGCGAGAUGUCCCCCAAAUGCAAGGGAGACCCCAUCAUCAUCACCCCAAAGACCGGGGCUGCAACCGGGGUAAAGAAGGAUACCACUGCUUCUCCAACCAAUGAUAAGACCAAGAAGGUCCGUUUCGCCCCAAAAACUGACGGCAGAGACGAUCCCAGCAGCCCGCUGUCCGGCACAGCCAAACGUCUGUCUUGA